UUUCCUAACAAAAGAAACAAAUUAAAGUUUAAUAUUUUCUCAAGUAGUUCACCCCCACCCAAAAAAAUGCAGAGGCAAGUGGCACUCAUUAAGAAAUCCCUCUUUGAUCAGGGAUAUCUCGACGAACAGUUCAUGGAGUUAGAAGAGCUCCAAGAUGAUGCAAACCCUAAUUUUGUUGAAGAAGUUGCCACAUUAUAUUUCAAAGAUUCAAUUAGAUUAAUCAAUAGCAUUGACCAAGCUCUGGAAAGAGGAUCAUUUGAUUUCAAUCGGCUGGAUAACUACAUGCAUCAGUUUAAGGGCAGUAGCACUAGCAUUGGUGCGAGUAAGGUGAAAACUGAAUGCACUAUGUUUAGGGAAUACUGCAGAGUUGGAAACGCCGAAGGAUGCUUGAGGAUUUUCCAGCAAGUGAAAAAAGAGCACGCAACGUUGAGAAAGAAGCUUGAACAUUAUUUCCAGUUGGCAAGACAGGCGGGGCCUAAGGAGACAGCACGUAGGUCCAAGUAAGAGAGAGAGAGACAUUUGAGGAAUCGUCAGCGAAUUUUGUAGUACAAAUUAUUACUAUAUAUAAUAAAAACAGUUCCUCAAUGUACGUAUUAAAGAAGAUCUUGGAUUUUAAUAUUAUGCAUGCUAAUAAACGGUCCAAACCUCUAAGUAUUUUCCUUAUAUGGCCAAUAUUCUCCUUAGAGAUCAUAUAUUCAAAAUUACCCUUA